GGAGAAGAAAGAGCGGGGGCCUGUCCUCGCAUUUGAAACCUUUGAAAGGUUCGCUCCCUCCUCUCUCUCCUCCCCUCCUCUUUCUGCUUUCCACAAAUGGAAGGCGAAGAGGGGCCCACCGUCACGACCCCCGCCGCCACCCCCGCGGACACCACCCCCACCGUCAUCACAUGCGGCACCGACGCCCCCCCACCGUCUCCGCCGCACGGUUCUGAUAUCUCACCCGUUGGAUCUCCCGGUCGCGCCUCCUCUGAGAUUCAACCACAUCCGUCGGAUGAUGACCCUGAUCAAUCGUGUGGGACUGGCGGUCUCUCUGAGGAUCUCAAACAGAAGAUUAUUAAGCAGGUGGAAUAUUAUUUCAGCGAUGAAAACUUGCCCGCUGACAAGUAUAUGUUGAGUAUGAUUAAAAAGAACAAAGAAGGUUAUGUUCCAAUUUCAGUUAUUGCUUCUUUUAGAAAAAUGAAAAAGCUCAUCCAAAACAAUUCGUCAAUAGCAGCUGCAUUGAGGGAGUCUUCCCUCCUUGUUGUGAGUUCGAAUGGGAAGAAGGUGAAACGGAUUCAUCCCCUUCCAUUAACUGAAAACAAGGAUCCAAAGUGCACUGUCUUGGUGGAGAACCUACCUGAGGAUCAUUCAGUGGAGAACCUUAAGAGUAUACUUGGUGAAGCUGGAAAAAUAAAAGAUUUGUACAUACUCGACCCACAUGCAAUAGAAGUGUCUACAAAAGGUAGCAAGGCUAAGAAGCUGAUUAGUAAUAAGUUGCAUGCCCUUGUGAAGUAUGAUACUGUGGAGGCUGCUGACAAAGCUGUCACUACUUUAAAUAAUGAAGAGGAUUGGAGAAAUGGCAUGCGGGUGAAGCGUCUAAAACAAGUGGGGAAGUAUGGACAGAGAAAACAACCCUGGAGGGGUUUCGAAUCUGAGAAGAGUAGCGGCAACAGAAGUAAUGAUCAAACAGGAGACGAGGAGAAUCAUACUGUAAUUGUGAAACAUAAUGAUGCACGGACAACUGAUGAAGAGGACGGAGAGCGAGUUCCCAAGGAGAAAACUGGGCAUAGAGGUCGAAAUAGGGGGCUAUCAGGAAGGCAAAAAUACCGUGGGACCAAUGGAUUUGGUCAUGGAACUACUUCGGCCAAUCACGGCAUUGAACUUUGGAAGCCACCGCCCGGCCCAAGGAUGCCUGACGGAACCAGGGGAUUCACAAUGGGGCGAGGGCGGACUCUGAGCACAGCCCAGAGUUAGCAACUGGGUUGAUCACCAGACCUAUAGUGAUUUUGUGUUUCAUAACGUUUGCGUAUGUAUUGCACUGAGAUCCGGUAGAUCCGUGAUGCGUCUACUCAUGCUGACGGACUUAUGUGAAUAUUCAUCUAUCAACUGUUAUCCGAAUUUCUGUUGGCUGUAAACGGAUAAAUUGUUUAAUCAACUGACUUAACUAACA